CGCAUCAUCUCCACUCCAGCACAGCUCUGCAUCACAUGCAGCCAUUGCCGUCCUCUUCCUCCUCUUCUCUUCCCCAUCCCAAUGGGGGUAGGGAGUUCUUUAACCUUUCACUUGCCUGCCUCUUCAGCCUCCAUUUUUACCUCACUGCUACUGCUCAGGAGGAGCCUUAAUAAUACUAGUACUAGUUACUAGUGAGCAGUCGGCACGGCUGUGCAGCAUUGCAUUCACUUCCCUGUCGCACUCGCAGGGUAUGUAUCCCCUGCCCUCCCUGCGACCCAACGCAUUCAGUAGCAGAGAUGCCCUUCUCUUCCUGCAACAUUGCAACUGUAGAAUCUGACUCGCUUGCUAGCUCAUAGAUAGGCCCAUCUCACAUCUAGUCCAGUACCUCAGAAGAAGGAUGGUGUGGAAGAGGCUGGGUGGCCUGCUGAGCAUUGCUCUGCUCCUUGUGGCGUCGUUUGCCCCACUCUGCUCCGGCGCCGGUGAUGUCGCCGUCAGCUUUUCCAACGCCCCGCGGCGCGUAUCCAAGUCGGCGUCCGCCAUCUUCGCCUUCCGAGCUGUGCUGAGAGGAGGCGGGCCUUGCGGGGACUGCACCAUCACCUGCCAGUUGGACGGUGAAAGGGCGUCGGACUGCGGGGGAUCUGCUGGGAAUGGCAUUGGAACGGAGAGGGUGAGCUACGCAGGACUCGAGGACGGGAACCACACCUUGGCAGUGUGCGCCAGCCGCCGCCGAGGAGGAGGAAGUCCAGCUCCCACCUGCGCCACCUACGCUUGGGAUGUUGACACUGUUCCCCCCACGGCGUCCGUCACGGCGGGGUCGCCAUUCACCAGCGCGUCCAAUGUGACGGCGCUCAUCUCCUUCAGCGAGCCGUGCCUCGGCGGUGGUGGAUUCGCCUGCAACCGCACUUACUGCGAUCUCAUCGUGUACGGCCCCGGUCGAGUGGAGCCGUCCACUCUCGAGGUUCUCCGCCCCGGCCUUCGCUACUCCGUCGCCGUAACCAUAUCUUCCGACGCGCAGUACGGGCGAUUGAUUCUGGUGAUGGGCAGGGGGUUCUGCACCGAUGCCGCCGGGCACCGCUUCACAAGGACGUCCAACUCCACUUUCACCCUCCAUUUCGACAGAAGGAAUGAUUCUAUGAGCAUCACCACUAGCAUUCCUGAGAAGCUGCUUCAGAUACAGGGCGCCGCAAGGGUUGUUGAAGCUACCAAUGAUGAAAAGGGCAUAAGAAUAUACCUCUCUUUCGCUCAACCAGUGCUCAAUUCGUCUGCACAAAUUCUAACCGUCCUUAAGGCAACUGAUGCCGUACUAACACCCACCAACAGAAGCACCCUCGGAAAUCGCCGGUUUGGCUACGUUGUGAACAAGAUAUCAGACACCGCUAUUGUGACUGUUGCCUGCAAUACAAGUUCUAUAAUCAGCAGACAGGGGACUCCAGUUUAUUCAGCAGAGCCAUUUACAUUUCUUUAUGAUACACAAAGACCUUCGGUUAAACUCGGCACGUCAACUUGGAGGACUAGUUCUCACGACAUCCCGGUUUUGAUAAAGUUUGCAAAGCCUGUGUUUAACUUCAGCUCCUCAGCAGUGCAGGUUUCAGGGGGCAAUCUGUUGAGCUUUCAUGAAGCUAGUAAGAGUAUAUACACGCUGCAGAUACAAGCAGUCGAGAAGCUGGUUUCCGUUCAGGUCGCUGAAAAUGCAGCCCAGGACGUGGCUGGAAACCCGAACCUAGCAUCAGACCGUCUUGAAGUGAGGCACUAUUCUGUUCCCGCAUCGUCAUCAUCAAUUGCGACACUCACCACUGUCGUAUUUGUGGUAACUGCUGUUGUUGCUACGCUCCUCACUGUCUCGACAUCGUCGCUCCUCGCGUCUGGAGCUAUCUCAAGGCCCUCUUCUUAUAUGAUCUCGGAGCCAUCAAGAAAUCUUUUGAGAAUGGCGUGCCACAUCCAAAUCUUUGCUCUGUCGAGAUGGCUGUCCGUUAAUUUGCCGAUCGAGUACUAUGAGUUUGCAAGGGGGAUAGAAUGGACCAUCCCUUACAUGCACCUCCCAUGGGAAGGUCCAGCUGCAGAUCCAUUUCUGGGGUACUCCACAAUGCCUGCCAUUGCAUACUCGGAGCUACUAGACAGGAGUGCUGUAGGAGCUGACAUCUCCUAUCCUCGUGCACAAGGUCAGCCGGCGAUGCCAACGCAAAUCCCAGGAGAGUCGAUAAUACCAAUGGAAAUCCCGGGAGACGGGGAGCCGACGAUGCCAAUACAGAUCCCGUUGGAUGGGAAGCCGCUGACUGCAAUGGAGUACCGGUCUUUCUUUGAGAGCCCGGACAUGAAGCCUGAAGCACAGAUUAUCAUGAAGCUACAAGAUUUGGACGGGUGGAAAUACUUCGGCAGGAACAUGCUCUGGCUGGGUGUGAUCGGGGGCGGUCUGAUCCUUGUGCACGCUCUCACCCUUGUGUACUUGAGACUACGAUACAAAGACAAGGAGCAGCGGCAUGGUUACGGAGCACUAGUGCUCCCCAGGUUCGAGAUCAUGCUCGUUAUCCUUGCAAUGCCGUGCAUCUCUCAAGCGGCCGCAGCACUCAUCAGAGGCGGGACGACGGGAGGGCUGGUGGUGGGGAUCGCGCUGACCGGCAUCCUGACGUCGUUCCUGGUGGGUCUGCUGCUGUUCCUGUCGCUGGGCAUCACCAUGGGCAGGCUGCUGCAGUACAAGGAGGUGCACCAGGAGGGGCAGGAGUACCACUGGUACCAGGAGCUCAUCCGCCGCACGCUGGGCCCCGGCAAGCGCGGCCAGUGGACGUGGAAGGACCCGCGCCGCACCGCCUGCCUCGCCAAGCUCGGCCCGCUCUUCGAGGACCUGCGCGGCCCGCCCAAGUACAUGGUCACGCAGAUCGGCGGCAGAGCUGGGAAGCGCGCGGGAGCUGGAGAGCGGAUCAUGGCGUCAGAGGACGAGAACGAGGACGCGGAGGCGCCCUUGAUCCAGAAGGUGUUCGGAGUGCUUCGGAUCUACUUCACGCUCCUGGAGUCGGUGAAGCGCGUGGCGGUGGGCAUCGUGGCCGGCGCGCACGCGUCGUCGGACCGGUCGUCGCGGGCGCACGCGUUGGUGGUGCUGUCGAUCGCGUCGUUCCAGCUCUUCUUCAUGGUGCUGAAGAAGCCCUUCAUCAAGAAGCGGGUGCAGCUGGUGGAGAUCGUGUCUGUGGCCAGCGAGGUGUUGGUGUUCGCGGCCUGCCUCGUGCUUAUCGACAGGAGCAACAGUAGUAACGGAGGGUGGCUGCCCGACGGCGAGGAGCGCGGCGUGGGGCUGGCGAUGCUGGGCGUGUUCGUGUUGGGAUUCGCGGCGCAGGUUUGCAACGAGUGGAACUCGCUGUACCAGCAGCUGCGGUGCCUGAGCGCGGACCGGAGCUCGUUCCUGGAAGGCGCCAAGGCGGCGUCCGCCGGGCUGCUGCUGCUGGUGCUGCCGUCGUCGGUGCUGGGCGACCGGGUGAUGAUGAUGAGGCAGCAGCAGGAGCAGGAGCAGGAGCAGGCGCCUCCGCCUUCUGACGGCGCGGGCGGGGUGAGGGCCGCGGCGGCGUCCCAGGGGAGCAGGGGAGGGAGCGAGGGCGUGGAGAGGGUGUCCAACGAGCGGUGGUGGCUUCGGCAGCUGCAGGAGAUGGCAAGGGCGAGCUUCAGCAAGGAGGGCGGCGGGUUGGCGUUGGCGGGCGAGGCGUCGUGCAGCGGGACGAAGGCGAAGCCCAGGUCGAGGGGCCUGUACAACGAUCUGGAGGCCAUCUUCUCCAACAGGUGAGGAGAGGUUCAUCGUUGAGGCCAGGGCGCCUCCAAAAACCCAAAUGGAGCGAGCUCCAGCUCCUAGCUGAGCUUAGCCAGAGAAGAAGCACCGCCCGUUCCGUACAGGAUUGGGAUUAUAUUGCAUGCAUGCGUUGUAUGUACGGGAUUACUAUGCAAUGCGAAUGCGAUGUACAUGUAUUCUUUUGGUUCA